UCCGUCUACUUCUCAAGAAUAUUGCAAUUGCAGUGAAGUGAAAACAUAAUAAUACACGAACAACGUUCGGUAUAACUGUCUGUUCUUGUAAUGUGAAUUAAGUCUUGAAAAUGGGAAAAAUCGGGGAUUCUAAUUCUAAUACCUGCUCCGUACCGGAGUGCAAAUCUCGGAGUACGAACGAAAUAACACUAUUUCGUUAUCCUAAAGAAGAGGCGCAGAGGAAAAAAUGGACUGAAGCUAUCAAAAUUGAGAGUAAAAUCACUCAAAACAUGCAAGUUUGCAGCCGUCAUUUUGUGAAGAGUGAUUAUAUUAUAUCAGAUAAUGCAGGUGCCAAAGUGAAGAGGCUGAAGAGAUCAGCGGUUCCGUCUCAGAACCUGCCGUGGCAAUUCCCAAACAAAAGAGUCAGUCCGACCCUCGCCAAGGCUCGCAUGGAGCGCUUGAAGAACCGGCUACAGAAGGUGUAUGAUUCUCCAGGCAGUAAAACUGAAACUUCAGCCACUAAACCAGAGACACCAACUAAAAAACCUGAAAGUGGCAAAAAAUCUGAAUCAAAUAAAAAACCUCAGUCAGCAUCAAAAGCCACUGAAAAAACUGAGGAUACCGAGGAAAUAAAGAGUGAGGUGGUAAGUGAGGAAGAUGAUGUAUAUACUGGAAAUACAUCUGUCGGUCCUGAUGUGGAGAAAAAUGAAGAAAAUGAGAAAAAUAAUGAUGAAAACGAAGAAAAGGAUGGAGGUGAAGCUUCAGUGGCUAAAAAAGACGAUAAUAUACCUGCCCGUGGCCCGACGAGGCUCAGACAGCGUGAGGGAACAAUAAAAUGCGAGUAUUGCGGUAGAAAGUGUCUUACUCCACAAGCGUUGCAGACUCAUCAACAAACUGCGCAUAAGAACUCUAGAAACAACCUAAUUAACCCUAAAAAGGACUAUCCAGUUAAUAAUAAGACUAAAUCAUCGCCUAAAUCAACAAUUGAGCCUGUAAUUUCGGUGAAAAGUCCCGAAAAUCUGCUGGCCAAACCGCCGGCGAACGCGAGGCGAGCUGCGUCUUUGAAUUCGCGUGAGGUUGAGAAAGUGCUUCAGGACGACAGUGACAUCGCCACGGCGAGCGACUCCUCUGAAACGAGUGUGAAGGAAGAGAUUGUAGAAAAAAAGGAGCAGCGUAAGACUGAAUUUGAGUGUCCGAAGUGUAAGAGGCGGUUUGCUGUGUACUUUAUGGCGUACAAGCAUAUACAGAAUCAUCACGCUGGGCCGGCCAACGGAAGUAAAACCCCUAUCCCCAAACCAAUCCGCAUUGAGAUUUGCACGAUCUGCAACACGCCAGUCAACAGCAACUCCCACGUGUGCACCGGGCCGCUGAAGUUAGCCAUGGGGCUCAUAUGCACCGGCUGUGAGCAGGAGUACAAGACCCUCACUAUGUUCGACAUGCACAAGAGCAGCAUGCAUAGCGACGGAGUUGAGAGCAUGUUCUUCUCUACUCUAGAUGAAUUCGAGCAAUGGAGGCAGAAAAUGGAAAACCAAACCAAAGCGAAGUACACUACACUGGACCAGAAUGAUACGAAGAAAAUCUACCGCUGCAGUUACCGGACCGGGCUGGGGCCUGGCAGCUACAGUCGACAGCGGAUGUGUCCAUCGUGUGUCGUGGUUCAAGAGUUCACCAAGGGAUUUCAGGUGCACUACUACCCCGUCCACUACGGGCAUGGCUACCACAAGUACAACCUCAGCAGCGCCUUCCAGCAGUAUUCCAUCACCUCCCUCAUGAACCUCACCGCCAAGCAGCUCCCCGACGACCAGCCCAACACCGCAGACCUGGACAGCCCCGACCUCUACCUGCAGUUCCAGAAGAUCACCGGAACUAUAGUCAACGAAGCGGCAAGAAUUAAUGUCAACGGGCUUAAAAAACUCAUGAGGAAAGCUUUAGAGAUGAUGGAAGUUAUUAACAGCUACGUCGAAGAUGAUGAUGAUGAUGAUGGGAUCACCAGUUCCAAUUCCAUUUUGAAACUGGAUUCAGAUAAAGAUAACUUGCAAGAUGAUGUCAAGUUAGCCUUGGCGAAUUUCAAGAGGAAAUCGAAAACAAAUGCAGAUCAUGAAACACCGCCUAAGAGGAGCAAAUCGGUGUUCCAAAGCACAGAAAAUUUAAAAACGCCUAAAAAUAACAGGCUCUCAAAUAAAGACACGGAAGUUAGAAAAGAUAUGCUAAAGCUAAAUCAAUCUCCGACAUUCAUAGAUACUUUCCAAGAUUUCGUUGGGAAAACUACAACGAAAACUGAUGUCAGACCGAUGAAAACUGUCAGUAGAAGACCGCUGCCAGUUAGGACUAAAACCGGUCAGUUCAAAUCUAAAAGUCCUCCUAAAAAAGUAUCGUUCUCCCCGACUAACAUAUCUCCUAGAAAGAGUAUCAAAGAAUUGGAAUAUGAAGUUAAAGAACAGGAGAACGACUGUAAUAUACUGAUUUUGAAGAUUUAGUGAUUAAGAAAAUGGACUGGUAAAAACAUAUCCUUAAGUGUAAAGA